AUGCCAGCUGCCUCAGUGAAGCCCGCUCCGGAGGACAUGGUAGCAGAGGGAGGGGGCGAAGGGGAGCGCGGCGUGUCCCAAUGGGAAGCCCGGGAUCGGCUGCCCCUGCCCUCUCUGAAGGUCCCCAGGGAGCUGCUGCGGAGCUUCCCCCACUCCAAACGUGUGGGAUCCUACUUAGUGGGGAAGAUGAUCAACAAGGGCUCAUUUGCCAAAGUGAUGGAGGGGCUGCACAUCAGCACGGGGGAGAAGGUGGCGAUUAAAGUGAUUGACAAGAAGAAAGCCCGACAGGAUUCAUAUGUGCUAAAGAACAUGAAGAGAGAGCCUCGGAUUCAUCAGAUGGUCCGACAUCCUCACAUCGUUGUCCUGCUGGAGACCCUGGAGACAGAGAACAGUUACUACAUGGCCAUGGAGCUGUGUGCAGGAGGAGACCUGAUGGACCGCAUCUGUGACAGGAAGAGGCUGGAGGAGAGGGAGGUGCGACGCUACACCAGACAGAUCCUCUCCGCCGUGGACCACCUCCACAAACACGGCAUCGUACACCGAGAUUUAAAGAUUGAAAACUUCCUGUUGGAUGAACAUAACAACAUAAAGAUUGUGGACUUCGGCCUCAGUAACACACUGAAGGCAGAAUCUCUGUCUCUGGAGUUGCUCAACACCCAGUGUGGAAGCCCUGCCUACGCUGCCCCUGAGCUGCUGGCUCACAGGAAAUAUGGGCCCAAAGUGGACGUGUGGUCCGUAGGUGUGAGUAUGUUUGCCAUGCUGACGGGGACACUGCCCUUCACUGUUGAGCCUUUCAACAUCAAACACCUGCAUCAGAAGAUGGUCAACGGGGAGAUCAGCAGCAUCCCCAGUGACGUCAGCAAAGGUGCAGUGUCGUUCGUGUUGUCUCUCUUGGAGCCAGACCCGGCGAAAAGACCGAGUAUCCGAGCUGCAAUGGAGGAGCGGUGGAUCAAUGAGGGAUACGCCAAGAAACCACUUCAUACUCUCACUCAUAAAAACAGAUUGUGCCCAGAAGAGCUCAACUCCUCGGUGCUGGCGUACAUGACAGACACACUGGGCUACUCCCUGUCUGAAGUCAUCCACACACUCACCACCAACCGGCCGUCCGCCAUCAUGGCCUCCUAUCACCUGCUGCUCAACAGGCUCAGCAGGAGCCAGAAGGGAGCCAAGGCCAGCAAGAAACAAGAGAACAGUGACUUGUGUCUUCCCAGCAAGAACACCUGGAGAGACAGGAACGGUACUGAAUCCAAGACUCAGCAGGUUGACCCAUGUGAUGAGAAAAGCUCCUCCAAGCCGUCCAGCCGACCCCUGAGGCCCCAGCAGACAGGCGACGGUCAGGGCCACAGGAAAAGACCUGACGACUCACACAAGAAGGACCACAAAGAGCACGACGAGAACCGCCCUCCGUCCCCCACCCUACCCCAGCUGCCUCACUCUGCCUCCCCCUCGAUACCCCCUCGUCUUCCCUCGCCCUCACCCGCUCCUCUGUCUGGAGAAAACGGAGCCAUUGAUGAGGAGAUCACCAUCACUUUGGAGCCCAAAGAGGCGCUGUUUCCUGAGGUGUUCGGAGACAGGGAGCUUGUCCACCUUUCUCCUCCUAAAACCUCUGCAUCCCAACUCUGUGACUCCGCCCCCUGCCAAGUCCCCCUACCCGCCGAGCCGAGCAGAGCCAGCAGCAUGACCCGGCCCGUCAGACACCCCCACCUACUCAGGACGACCCAGUCAGACGGGGCAGCAGACCCCACUACAGACUGCUUCCACGACACCCGCCACCAGGAUGAACACUCGCAUCACCUGGGCAUUAAUGAGCGCCUGGAGAAGCUGCAGACGUUUUAUUCCACUGAACCGAGCGGCAUCUCUCCCAGGAUGCUCCUCGAGGCCGACACACACACCUCACACUCCUCGGACAGAGAUCACUUGGGCGCCAUGGAAACGACCCAAACGUCACCCUCUGCUCCCCUGCCCCGCCUGCGAAAUGUGGGGCUGAAAGACGGACGGGGCAGAAAGAUGACAUGGGUGGGGUUGACUCGACCGGGACCCCCAGGGCUGCUGGUGAACGGGUCCAAACCUCCUGCCUUCCCCUCACAAAGACAACAUACUUUGGUCAUCAAGAGCCUCAGGCAGGAGAGGGGGAAGAGGAGGGAGCUGUCAGCGGCAGCAGGAGGAGCAGGAGGAGCAGGAGGAGAAAGAGGGACAGUGGGCGGAGGCAUGAAGAGAAACUCGGUUCAGUUACGUUCAUCUCUGCAGCGCCGGGUGACUGACCUGAACCUGCCGCUGCUUCCUUCUGCUCUGCAGGGGAAAUCAGACAGGAAGAACCGGCUACAUGGCAUGGACUACUGACCACUGACACACAGAAGACAGAUAGUGAUAGUGUCGAAAUGAUCACACAAGGG